GCCGACAUUAAUGACAGUCUGAUCCCUUGACAAAUAUGAUAGAUUAUCUAUAAUCUGUAUUUACAAUAACAUAAUAUGACUGAGCUACAACUUCUGACUCUACACUUCACUUUGGAUAAAAGUGUCGAUUACUUAUUGUAAAUUGUAAUGUCAUCACGACACGAAGUUAAACGUCAUGAGCGUUCAGAAAGUGCAUCUUCUAAACAUCGAUCUGAUCAAAAGCAUAAAAGUCAUGAGAGAAAUCGGUCCCAGUCUCCAAAAUCAUCGAAGCAUAGAUCCACUAGCAGAGAGAGAAAGCAGAGUAAGCACAAAAAGAGUAAGAAGAAGAAAAGGCAAUCGUCUGGCAGUAGUUCCAGUAGCGAUAGCGAUGAAGAGGAGCUGAAGUUAUUGCAGAGGCUUGAGGCAGAACGACUGCGACUGAAAGAGGAAAAGAAAAAGCAGAAAGAACAACUAAAGGCAAAUGAAACACCAGAGGAGAAGAGGGCUCGGCGUUUACGAGAAAAACAAGAAAAGGAGCGCAAGCGCCGGGAGCGCAUGGGCUGGGAUAAUGAAUACCAAUGCUACACUAAUCAAGACAAUCCAUUUGGGGACUCUGCACUCACUAACACUUUUGUCUGGACCAAGAAACUAGCAAAGGAAGGUGUCAAGACUGUGUCUCGUGAUGAACUAGAAGCCCUCAACCGCCAAAAGCAGUUGGAAAAUAAAAUAGAAUUGGAGAAGGUGAAGCAGCGGCGCCUGGAGCGCGAGGCGGAGCGCGUGGCGCGCGAGGCGGAGGCGGCCAGCGCGGCGCGCGCGCGCGAGGCGCUGCAGUUCCACACGUGGGCGCGCCAGGAGGACGCCUUCCAUCUGCACCAGGCGCGUCUGCGCUCGCAGAUACGCAUCCGCGACGGACGAGCGAAACCCAUAGACCUACUGGCGUGGUACGUCAGCUCGGAGGAAUGCGUAGAUGCACUGGAAAUGCACGAGCCGUACACCUACCUCAACGGGUUGCAGAGCCAGGACCUGGAAGAUCUGCUAGAGGAUAUUAAGGUGUACAAGGAGCUAGAGAACAACGCGAACCAGGCCUACUGGGAGGACGUGCAGACCAUCGUGCUGGACGAGCUCAGCAAGCUGCGCCGCCUGGCCGCGCCCGACGCGCGCCGCGACGGCGUGCACCAGGCCGUCGCCGACGACGUCACGCAGAUAUUCAAGGGCAAGACGGGCGCGCAGCUGGAGGCGCUGCAGACGCAGAUCGAGCAGAAGAUCAGCGGACGCCAUGACGGCGUCGACGUCGGCUACUGGGAGAGCUUGCUCAGCCAGCUUAAAGCGCACAUGUCGCGCGCGCGCCUCCGCGACCGCCACCAGACCAACCUGCGUCGCAAGCUGCAGCUGCUCAAGCAGGAGCAGGGCGUGCAGCCCGCCCAGCCCGACCAGCCCGACCAGCCCUCGCAGCCCUCGCAGCCCUCGCAGCCCUCGCAGCCCGCGCAGCCCUCGCAGCCCGACGGCCAGGCCGACGCCCCGGCCGCCCCGGAAGGGCCGGAACAGCGCGGCGCCAGCCCCGCGCGGUCUGUGGACGGGGACGCGGAGUGGGGCAGCGCGGCGUGCGUGGCGCUGUACGUGGCGGGGCGCUACUCGCCCGCGCCGCUGGAGCCGGCCGCGCUGGAGCCCGCCACGCUGCUGACGGAGCCGGCGCACGACGCGCAGCGCCUGGCCUACCUGCGCGCGCGCCUGCGCCCCGCGCCCGCCGCCGCGCCCGCCGCCGCGCCCGACGCGCUGGAGCGCGAGGCGCGCCGCGCCAUGGCCGCCGUGGCCGCGGACGCCGACGAGGCGCAGUUCAGCGUGGAGCACGCCCUGCCGGAGCAGCCCUGCCUGUGGGCCGACAAGUACCGCCCGCGCAAGCCGCGCUACUUCAACAGAGUACACACGGGCUUCGAAUGGAACAAGUAUAACCAGACUCACUACGACAUGGACAAUCCUCCGCCCAAGAUCGUCCAAGGUUACAAGUUCAACAUCUUCUAUCCCGACCUAAUAGACAAGAAUGCUACGCCGGAGUUCUCUCUGAAACCGUGCCCCGAGAAUCCAGACUUCGCAGUACUGAGGUUCCACGCCGGCCCGCCCUACGAGGACAUCGCAUUCAAGAUCGUAAACCGCGAGUGGGAGUACUCGUACAAGCGCGGUUUCCGCUGCCACUUCCACAACAACAUCUUCCAGCUCUGGUUCCACUUCAAGCGAUACCGAUACCGGCGCUAGGACGCGGCUCUACUCGGGGGUGCGCUGGACUGGGGGACGUCUCGGUCAAGAACAGACAAGUUAAUAACAAGCUACAUUCAGAGCAUUACCAAAACCAAAUCUCCAAAGUUAGGAAUACAAUGACAAUGUGUAGUGAUCCUGGCAUCCCCUGCGUAUGUAUUCCCUAAACAAAUACAUUAAAGUAAUAUUUUGCAGAUUUACUA